UUAAAUGACAAAAACAUUAAGUACUGUGAGUUGUAAUGUUCCUAUGCAAGAGACAUUGUAUGAACAUUACUGAGAUUUUUCAUAGAUCUGAAUCUAAAUCAGUUAGGCCUUUUAUGGAUUUUUGUUACUAUUUGAUUCCUUGUGUCUCUUCAACUUUCAAUAUAUAUUGAACUAAUCUGAAAGGUAGAUCCAAAUUCAAAAGUUCAAAAGAGCUUUUUUUCUCUUUUGUGAAAAAAUCAAAUCAAAUGGCUACUACUAUUCCUUUUAGUCCAACAUCACAUCACCAACCUCGCUCGAAAAGCUUGCCAUCGAAACCGCACCCUUUAAUCCUACAAUGCAAUCAACAUUUAGCAAGUUUAGAGUCUUUCGAUGAAAUCAACACUUCAUCGUUGUUCAGUCGAAAACUGACUGAUCUUCAAGCCUUGCAUGAUUGCGUCGAAAAUUUGGUGUUGUUACCUCUUACUCAACAAGUCCUUGUCAACGCACGUCAAGAGAAAUGGACUGACGAGCUUUUAGAAGGGUCUCUAAGGCUACUAGAUGUGUGUUCUGUAGCAAAGGAUUCUCUAAUUCAUACAAAGGAAUGUGCGCGCGAACUUCAAUCGAUUAUGAGAAGAAAAAGAGGAGGCGAAAUGGAGGUAACAUCCGAGGUGAGGAAAUUUUUGGCUUCUAGGAAGGUAGUAAAGAAAGCAAUUCUCAAAGCUUUGGAGAAUUUGAAGUCAAAUGUGAAGAAAGGUAAAGGAAAAUUAUUAUCUCCUAGCAAUAAUAAGGAUCAUGAAAAAGUGACUUUGGUUAGUUUGUUAAGAGAUGUGGAAGUGAUUACUCUUUCAAUGUUGGAGUCACUUUUGAUUUUUAUCUCUGGACCGGCGCAAUCGAAACCAAGUAAUUAUUGGUCUUUGGUUUCAAAGCUUAUGAUGCAAAACAAGAAGGUUUCUUCCACACAAGAAACUGUUAUCAAUGAGUUUUCCAAUGUUGAUGCUGCAUUGCAGUCUUUUGUGUUUAAUGUGACAAGAAAAUCAGAUAAUGUCAAUCAUUUGCAGAAUCAAUUGGAAAAUUUGGAGUCUGUUGUUCAAGUGUUUGUGGAAGCACUUGAACCUCUUUUUAAACGGUUUAUUAGGAUUAGAGUUUCCCUUCUCAACAUCCUUAAUCACUAGUUGUAUAAAUUUGAAUUAAUGUUUUGUAAUUAUGUCAUGUCAAUGAAUCAAUGAAAUUGGC